AGGGUGGUAUGGAUUUUAUUAUACUACAGUUUGGUUUGUGUACUUUCAAGUUUGACAACAAAAAGAAAAGGUUAACGGCACAGCCAUACAACUUUCAAAUAUUUCCAAGGCCUUAUUCUCAUCAGGCUCCAGAUAGACGAUUUAUGUGUCAGAGUUCCAGUAUAGAUUUCCUUGUAUCCCAGGGUUUUGAUUUUAACAAGGUAUUUUAUGAAGAUAACACAUGUUUAUCAAUACAAACUAAUGCGGAGGUCGCGCAAGGUCGCUCAUGUAAAUUAUUAAACAUUUCCGGAAAUGCACGAAUAAUAGAUAUGGGACCUAAUAAAGGUCCUAUUGCUAUACCUGAUGACCAAAAGGACUUUAUCAAUGGAAUUGUUGAUAGUAUCAGUUGUUUUAUGGAUAAAAAUGAUGAACAAUCAUUAGAUUUACCAUCUUGUAAUGGAUUUCAACGUAAAUUAAUAUAUCAAACAGUUCGUGCUAAGUUCACAUCAGUACAUCUUGAAGCUAAGAAAGGGGAGAAGAAAGAGAGAUAUAUUUGUGUAACUAAAGUUAGUGGUGAAGAAGAAUUAAAGAUGAGAGAAGGAGCUAAACAGGCAGCAGAAAGGGCUGAAAUAGAUGAUGCUGUAGGUUUCUCGAAGGUUAUAAGAAAAUUGUCACAAUCUGGGAAGAUUAUAGUGGGACAUAAUAUGUUACUAGAUGUUUUACACACAAUAGAUCAGUUUCAUUUCCCUCUACCAGAUGAAUAUGAAGAUUUCAAGUCUAUGGUUAAAUGUAUCUUUCCAAAAUUAGUUGACACCAAAUUAAUGGCACAGAACCAUCCUUUUAAGGAUUUAAUUCAUUGUUCAGUAUUAAAUGAUUUACAUAGGAUACUAUCUCAUAAACCAUUUCAACUACCAGAGGUAGAUUUUCCAGAAAGUUUUAAACAGUAUUCUGCAGACAGUAAAUAUCAUGAAGCAGGUUAUGAUGCCUUUAUCACAGGACUUUGUUUUGCCACCAUGAAAAACUUUUUAGGUAGUUUUCAGAAACCACAGAAGGAUUUUGUUUCACCAACAUCCCCAUUAAUUGAACCCUUUAUGAACAAAUUAUUUAUGAUGAGAAAUUUUGAAGUGCCCUAUAUGAAUCUCAAUGGUCCUGACUUACAAGCUAACAGAGAUCAUGUAUUUUAUCUAAUUAUGCCUAAAGAUUGGAAAUCUAAUGAUGUAUCUAAUUUAUUUACUGAUUAUGGAAAUGUACAAGUUUUCUGGAUUGAUGAUAUGUCAGCUCUAGUUUCUCUAUAUAAAAAAGAUAACUGGAAAAAUGCAUAUAAUGGUUUAAGUGGUAAAAAUACUAAUUAUGAAAUAAGAACGUAUCAAUCAUUUGUAACUGGUAAAAAAGAUAAUGAAAAUAAAAAUCAUCCCCAGAGAAAACGACAUAUUGAAGAAGUAGAAGAAGACAUUCCAAAAAAGAAAAA